GUGCUCCCCUGGUGGGUGAAGCGAGGGGGGCAGGUGGCGCGCACGGCGUCCACAAACUCGGACAGGCCAAUUGGCCUGGCACCGAGCUAUCGAUAACCGCGAGUUCCCAAGACCGGGAUGGGAAGGAUCGAGGGGUCCUCCCGCUCCUAGCACCGGUUUUAGCUAGCUACGCCGUUAAAGUGAUAAUUUCCAAGGAAUUAUUUCUUAACAAACGAAAUAUAUCCAUAACUCACUCCCUCCUGUCCCUCCCAACAUGACCUAGACCGAUGGACCUUCCGUCUCGAGUCCGCUCCCGGCUACAGCCUUCCAGCUGAUAUCUCUACCUCACAUCACACAAUUGUAGAAAUCAGGUAGAAAAUUCAACCUCCUAACGACCAUCUACCUCGCCACCAACAGCUCCUCGAAACCACCCAACAAUCCCCCCUUCCGAAAUCGCAACCGCCGCAAUCCCACCACCAACCUUCCCAACCGCCCCAUCGCAAUCGCAAUUCGCUCAUCGCAACCGCAAAUGACCCCCCAACCCCCGCAGCCGCCUUUCGCGACGGCGCUCCUCGCGGGCGGCAUAGCCGGGACCACGGUCGACCUCUCCCUCUUCCCCCUCGACACGCUGAAGACGCGGCUACAAUCGCACGCGGGCUUCUUCCCCUCCGGCGGCUUCCGCGGCAUAUACCGGGGCGUCGGGUCCGCGCUCGUCGGGUCCGCGCCCGGCGCCGCCUUCUUCUUCUGCACGUACGAGGGCGUCAAGGGUGUUCUCGCCUCGCGACGGUUGCGGAGAGAAGCUAGGGAGGAGGCUGCGAGGGGGAAGGCGGGUGGAUUGAAACUGGAUCCUAUACACGGCGAUGUUAGCGGGAACGGGAUAAUACGGGGACUAGGCAGCUGGGAAGCGCCGCUGGAACACAUGCUCGCGGCGUCGCUAGGCGAGGUAGCCGCGUGCGCGGUGCGCGUGCCGACCGAGGUCGUCAAGCAGCGCGCGCAAGCGGGCCUGCACGGCGGGUCGAGCGCCGCCGCGCUCACGGCCAUCCUGACGCAGUUCCCGUCCAUCGGCCUCGCGGGCGUGUGGCGCGAGCUGUACCGCGGCUGGGGCAUCACGGUCAUGCGCGAGGUGCCCUUCACCGUGAUCCAGUUCCCGCUGUGGGAGGCGCUGAAGGGGUGGGGGCGGCGGCGGAAGAACGGAGGUGUGACUAGCAGUAGUAGUGCUGGGAACGCGGUGGAGGUGAGCGCGGGCGAGAGCGCGUUGUAUGGGAGUGUGUCGGGGGCUGUGGCGGCGGGGAUUACGACGCCGCUUGAUGUGCUGAAGACUAGGGUCAUGCUGUCGAAGGAGCGCGAGAAGGUGUUUACCGUGUUGACGGAUCUGCUGCGGAAUCACGGCAUACGGCCAUUCUUCGCGGGAAUCGGGCCGAGGGUUAUGUGGAUUAGUGCUGGCGGCGCGAUAUUCCUCGGGAGUUACCAAUGGGCUGUCAACGCCUUGCAAGGCAACAUCAUAUAAAACGCGCUCACGAGUGACGAAGUGAAGAUCAAGACGAAGAAGAAAAAUGUACGGGGUUCGAGGCUAAGGGAUAGCCCUCGUUUUGUAUAACUCGGGGUAUAUACUCGGAGCCAUAAUUUAACAUGGCUGUUUGG